GAUUCAUAUACAGGUACACAGAUAUCUACCUAGGCAGGUAUUUGGACAUCCAACUCAACAAGUGAACCGACCGACUACUCCUACAGCCCCUGUCCAUAUGGCUCAUCUUCGAGUAUUCACCCACCACCAACACGCUUCAGUCUCGGUUCUCCGAGCCAACAUCGUGGUCAAACUACUCUUCCAAGCUGGAACAGCUGCCAUCAGCGUCAAAUAGGAAGCUGUUGUGACACUGGUCGCCGUUUAUGUGAUAACUGACAGAGUCAUUCGUCGCUAUAGGUGUCUCAACUAGAACCUGUCUCCGUACAUGUUGAAGUCUAUACCGUAGACGGGCUCAUUCUGAAAUAGAACGCUACUGGCAGUGGAAAGAUCUGAUACCACUUCAUCACCUGAUGGCUAGAGGUGUCCGCCACUCUCGGAAGCCGACCUUGUAGAUGGAAGAGCUUCUUGUUGAACCUGAACGUCCUUGCGAUUGAAAUAGGUAGUCAAGAUGGUCCUGAGUUGUGAACCUCGAUGUUUUGUUCUGUAUGGCAAGUCUCCAAGCAUUUGUUCCGCCGCAUCCAAACGUCACUCAUCUAAAUACCUGGAGGUAGCUUAUUCUAGGUAAGUAAACUCCAUGGCAAACUCCAUCACCAGGAAUCCAGCUUUCCUGACAGUGGGAGUCUACAGCCAUCAACUGAUAGGUAAAUAAUAUGGAGUACACGUUAAAGCACCUUACGGAAUACAGGUCGAAUCUUGUCUCAGCCACAAAUCAUUCCACUUGGGGGCCAAACUUAGCAUAUGCGGCAUCCUUACAGACCUCCGUAAGCGCACCAAAAUUGGUGCGACCGCCUAUCAAUCGACCUGUAUCAUCUUCAGGCUGGUCAAUUUCAAAACCACUAUGGACGCUCGCGGACUUGGUGUACACUUGGCGUGGAUUUUGAGCCCUUCGGAUGCCUGCCUUAAAGGUAUGUGUUACAAUUGGCAGAGGCUGUGCCCUGUAAUAAGAGUGCUCUUCACCUUCUGGGUACAAGUAUGAUGCCCGACUCCCUUCUGGAGCCAUUGUUUAUGUGCUUGUUCUAUCCGUACAACACGGUAAGAUAAAUUUCAGCUCUUCUGGGAUGAACAAUCAAAAACCGAAUUCCUCCCUCAUGAUACCUUGGACAAGAACAGAAAAGGCCCAGGCGAGAGCCACCACGAAUUCAGACGAGACCUACGCUCCGAUCGGGAGACACCCGCGAACUCCGUCCAACGAUGCCGUGGUCUACUAUUCAACUGCAGCUGCACUGCUCAUCGCUCCGUUGAUUGCUACGAUAAUCUGGUUGAGUACGAACCACAACAACUGGGGCAAAGACCAUUGGUCCUUCGUCCACAGUGCCACCAUCGGAGGACGCUUGACACAGCCCGGGGCCAAAGCCAUCGAUGUAUUAUGCAGUGCCUUUCUCGCACCAUUGAUCCUCGCUGGCUUCAACGCCGUCUGGUUCUCCUGUGCCCGGGUCGCUACCAUCAACGAAAAGGAUACAUCUGCUCAAGGCGUACCUCUGGCGUGUCUGGUCGAGGUCAGUAGCACGACCGGCGGGUCCUACGACAUCUUAAAGCUGUCUACACUCCUCGGCCCACGCACAAGACGGCUGAUCUGUCUCUCCCUGCUUGUCAUCUUCUCCGCCUUAGCCAAAUCGGCAUUCGGAAACGUGAUAGCCUACGAGGCUUUCAAUGAAGAUGCGGCCGGACAGGACACGACACUUCGAAUGCUCAGCGAUGCACAGCUUGCUGUCCCCAGCUCAUUUGUUUCCACCACUUUCGCCGGCAUGUGGGGAUUCAACACUCAGCAGAGGUCUAGCUUUGCCAAUCAAUUCAGUGGCAUGUUGACUGGACUGAGUAUCUCAAAUUCGACUCCGCUGUUGACCGAUGAUAAGGCCUAUCUGCUCAAUAACGUGACCACUGCUUCGUUGGCACUUCCCUCAACUGUACAAGCUUUACAUGCUGUCCCGGCUUCUCGAUGGUCAGUCUCUUGCAAGCCUUUCGCUCCAGACACGUUCAUGGUGCAACAGAUGGGUGAAAAGUCCGUUCAAUUCACCAUGACCCGCGGGGAGACUGACCUCCUCUCUGGGAACUACCCAGGCGAUAUCGCGCUGAUGCAGAACGCGUACAAUGAAGAUUACCCGUUCAUGGCAUUUCCAUACAAUGGCACUUCGGCUUUCCUGGGCUACGCCGGCAGUUUCAACUUGAGUAAUGAAACGUACUCUUCUCCAUACGGCGAUAUUGUGCCAAAGGCCUUCAAUAUGACGGCAUCAGGUUUCAACGGCACGAAACAGAUAAUGUCUGUAUGGGGCAUGGAAUGUCAAAUUCAUCGACAGAAUGGCACAGUUGAAUUGCUCCGUUCGGCGAAUGGAGACUGGAAGAGGAGUCUGGCGAGCGUCAACAUGUCCGAAGAGAAAACCCUUUACCAACCGUUGCGCAUGCAGCAACUACAACUCAACCUGAACUAUCAAGCUCCCGAUGUGACGAUCCCUGGACUGGCUCCAGCCCUUGCGAGGUCCGCAGAUCCAUGCUAUGACGCCACAAUUACAGGCACUGAAUGUACUGCCUCUCCGACAGGUACUGACGGCACGUCAGGGACGACAUCCAGGACGACCGACUACGAGACAUUGGCUCUGAACUUCCUCUACGCCUCUGCAGAGACGGAACGCAUGGCAUAUGAGGUGGCGAGCACAAAUUCUACGCGCGAUCAGCCCGACUUUUUCAUCGAUGUUGCAGAUACUUCUCAAAUACUCCGAUAUCGCAUCACGUAUGUGCCCGUGAUAUUGUUCGUCGGCAUUGCGUGCAUGUUUGUUGCCGCAGGCAUCACACUCGCCCUGGUGGCAAUGAGCUGGAGUAGCACGAGUGGCAGAUCAUUCAGGCAGGUCAAUGGACUGAGACUGUUGGUAGAUGUGUUGGCCGGUUUGAAACAGGAUGAGGUCGUGAGUCGACCUCAGUUUAGCACGACACUGGAGGGGACUAGUCUUCAGAAUGACGAUGAUGAGAGCAAGACAAGGUAUGAGGAUCUAAAGACAUCUUCCGACGCCGAACUGCAGACCUGGGCAUCUGGAUGUCGCGUGAGAUAUAUCGAGGGCAGUGGAGGUGUUGGUUUAGAGCGUCUGCCAGCCCCUUCAUAGAAUUGUUGGUAGUUGCGAGGGCAUUGUUGAAAAAUGACCAAUGAUGUAGCCUGUACUCCGUAGAAAGUCUGUGAUUGUCAACGAUAUCUUAUAUUU